AUGGAAGUCAAGGUUUUAAAGGUAUACAUUCAAUAAGUAAAUGUUUAUUUAUUUGCCAAAGAAAAAUUAGUAUCACUUAUGAAUGUUUCUAGGUCCCUCAACAACAUCCUUAUAGCAACAAUUGUGGUAUUUACAUUGCAAAGUUUCUGAAGUACUUUAUUCAGGUAACUUAUAUAUUAUGUCAGUUUGGUCUCAAACGAUUUUAAGAAAUUGAAUAACUUUACCAACCCAAAUAGAAGUUCAAGAAAGUAAACACCAUUCCUUCCUAAUUUGCUUUAAGGACUUGGACAUGUAUGAGUCAGGACCAGAGGAAUAUUGUGCUAAAGAGCACAAAUGGUUCAAACAUGCAGAUGCUGAGAAAACACGCACUGAAACAAGGACAUUUUUGCUGAACACUUUUCAAAAUCAGAAGCACACACAAGGAUGUUAA